CUAGCGCCUUUAUCUCAGUUAUAAACCCCCAGCUGCCAGCUUUGCGCCUUCUCGGUGUUCCUAUCCUCCCCUAACAGCGUUCCGACAGCCCCCCAUCGACCAUCACUGACAUCACCUAUCGCGCCAACCGGCACCCACCCGCGUGAACAUGUAUCGCUCUUCUACAGGAAACCUUCCAUCGUUCGACGAUCCGCCCCGCGGCGGCGGCGGCCAGCGAUGGGAUCGUGACAGGUUCGAGCGCAUGAGCCGCAAGAACCGCGGCGACGACACGGAGCACUAUCGCUUCCAGGAGCAUGAUCGAUUUCCUGGAGGUCGCCGCGACAUUGACUUCCACGAAGACCACGAUCGCCGCGGCCCUCGCGUCAGUGAGCGCGAGCGCUUCCGGGAAGAAGAGCGCUUCGACAGACCCUCCCGUAGUCGCACCGACUUCUUCGACGAGCCGACGUCAUCCGAGAUAGCCAACCGCGCUCUUGCUCCCUACCGCCGGAAAUCUAUCGUGGAAAGAGACUUCGACCCCGCGCCGCGGAGGCCCGCCCGCCCACAGUACAUUCGCCGGCAAUCCUCCCUCGACACCUUCGACCGCCGUCCUCCGCCACGCUACGGCGACGUGGAGGGGGACGAAUGGAGACCGCCAGCCAACGUUCCCAUCCCCCUGCCAAUCCGAGGACGCCGUCGCUCGCCGUCCCGCCACUUCCACGAAGACGAUUUUGACGACGUGAGAUAUAGCGACCGUCAGCCCAGGCGAGAAGAAUACCGCGAUGUUGAGAUUUCCAGGUCAAAGAGCACCACGAGGAAGCGCCGAAGCCCUAGCCGAGCGUCCCGAAGCGCUCGAAGCGCCGCCCCCUCGUCUUUACGGAGCUCGUCCUCGUCAAGCUUCGAAGAAGUGUCUCUUGGUCGAGCCACCUGGGGCAGGAAGGGCAAAACCAGGCUGCCCAAGCGCUUGGCGAAGAAGCAGGCUAUCAUCGAGCUGGGCUACCCGUUCGAGGAAGAGGAUAACUUCAUUAUUGUCACCCGAGCGCUCGAGAAAGAGCACAUUGACGAGAUCAUCGAGGUCAGCGAGAGGUACAAAGAGCAGAAAACCACGUACGUUUACGAGGACAAGAGAUCAGCCAUAGAGGCCCCUCCACCGCCUCCUCCACCACCUCCACCAGACGUCAUGCACGCACCCCCGCCGCCUCCUACCGCUAUGCCCUCCUAUCACUCACAUUAUGCGCCUCCGCCACCCCCGAGCCACUACUCUCAAUCGGUCCGGAGCGCGUCGCCUACCCGCCACGAAGUCUACGAGGAACGGAUCGAAGAGUCAAACCACGUUAGCGGCCCGGUGACGGUCCUUGCCCCCGAGGACCAGCGCAUCGCCCGGACGGAGCGGGACAUGCGCUCCGAUCGAGAAAUCAAAAACGAGAUUCGAGCCUUGGAGGCUGAACGGCGGAUGCUGAGAUACGAGCGUGAGGGCGAGUACGAAAUUAUCGAGCGACGAGAGCCUCGCAGAGAGGUCGUCCGCGUCGACAAGGACCGAAAGGGUAGGUUAGCCCUUGUCCGCUCGACCUAUUAAGAAUGGAGUUGAUUUUCUGGAUAGUCCGCCGAGAACCGAAUCCCAAGCUGGUAGCUGCGAUGAUGUCCACGCUUACUUGAAUGCCGCCAUUUUGGUCCCACGUC